AUGCACAAUCUGAUUCGGAAGGCGAACGAAGAACAAGCGGCCGCCAUGAUGAACGAGGGCAAAGCGGGCAAGAUCAAAAACAUUUUGCGACGUAACUCUCGACGGGAUAAGUCGAAAUCGAAGUUGAAAAUCGAGUCGACUGCGCCGGCGGCCAUGAACCCGCGACCUGGUGGCGCCUCCACCGGCAACUCUGUGCACCAUCCACCACCUCCGUUGCCUCCACCAACUCACUCUCCGACUCAGCACACCGGUGUCGAAACUGCGUUCUGUGGAAACUAUCAGGAACGGGACAUAGAUGCGGAAAUUAUGUCGCGUCAGCUGAUAUCACCACUGGCGGCCACGUCGUCCAGUGCCCUGGAACAGAGUCCUUCAGUAGAGUCGAGUCUCGGAAGUAUUCCGGACACGAGUCGUACGGACCCCGGUGCCAGCACGCCUUCUGAUGUGGUUGAAGCUCAAGCACGACGUAAACGGCAGCAGGACAUCUACUCAGCCCGGCGAAUCUUCAUAGCCGGAUCGGCGGCCGCUGCGGAUGACUCGAGUGGAAUGGACGCCUUGGCGAAUCACACGCAACAUCUGAACAUGGCCAACAGUCCAGCGUUGGAGGUCCUUAGCGAAGAAACCCGUGAAAAGAUCCGAAAGAUGCAACGACGUCAGAACUGGAUGGAUCCGUUACCAUUGACAUUCACUUCCUCGCAUUUGACCAACACCAUUCACAUCCCUGCGACAGAAACAUCGGCACCAGCCUCCGGAACCACCAUCGAGCACCCAAUCGGAGCCACCACCUAA